GCCGCCUCCGCACUCGGCGCCGCCACUAGGAUUCGGCUCGGAGCUGCUGCAAGCUCCCCGUUGUGACAGUCCUAAGUGGCUUUUCGUACAAACUUUUUCUUCGACUUUUGGACGUGUCGGAAGGAGCGAGAGGGCGCUUUCGCUGUUUUGUCCAUGCCCGGGAGUGUCCUGGGAAGGAGAAGAAGGGCGAUUUACGGCCGUGCUAAGCCACCCUCAAGGCCAGCUGUGCUGCGGCGGUGUGUCAUCCACGCGUGACUUCACACUCCGUGUAUGCUUGCCUGUGUGUGUAUUUUGGAGCAGACAUGCGGCGUUUGGGGAUUAUAAUCUGACAGACAUCGCUGGUUCCCUUGACUGUCCCUCAGGAUGAGUGAGGCCGAGAGUCAGUUCUACAGCGUUCAGGUGGGAGACUCCACCUUUACCGUGCUCAAUCGCUACCAGCAGCUCCGGGCCAUCGGUUCCGGGGCCCAGGGCAUCGUUUGCUCUGCCCUAGAUACAGUCUUGGGCAUCUCUGUGGCAGUGAAAAAGCUGUGUCGGCCCUUCCAGAACCAGACGCAUGCCAAACGUGCGUACAGGGAGCUGGUGUUGCUAAAAUGUGUCAACCACAAAAAUAUUAUCCGUUUGAUCAAUGUGUUCACACCUCAGAAGUCCCUAGAGGAAUUCCAAGAUCUAUAUUUGGUGAUGGAGCUGAUGGAUGCCAGUCUGUGCCAGGUGAUCCACAUGGACCUGGACCAUGAGAGAAUGUCUUACCUGCUUUAUCAAAUUCUCUGUGGCAUCAGACACCUGCAUUCUGCUGGUAUCAUUCACAGGGACUUGAAGCCCAGUAACAUUGUGGUGAAGUCAGAUUGCACACUGAAGAUCUUGGACUUUGGCCUGGCUCGGACGGCGUGCACUAACUUCAUGAUGACCCCAUAUGUAGUGACCAGAUACUACAGGGCACCGGAGGUCAUUCUGGGCAUGAAAUAUAAGGAGAAUGUGGACAUCUGGUCUGUGGGAUGCAUCAUGGGGGAGAUGGUAAAAGGCAGCGUCAUCUUCCAAGGCACCGACCACAUCGAUCAGUGGAACAAAGUAAUUGAGGUUCUGGGCACGCCGAGUCUGGAGUUUAUGAACCGUCUGAUGGAGACGGUCCGAAACUACGUGAUAAACAAGCCACAGUAUCCAGGUGUCAGCUUUGCAGAGCUAUUCCCCGACUGGGCCUUUCCCUCGGACUCAGAACAUGACAAGCUCAAGACGGGUCAAGCUCGAGACUUGCUGUCCAAAAUGCUGGUCAUCGACCCCGAGUGCCGUAUCUCCGUGGAGGAAGCCCUCAAUCAUCCCUACAUUCACAUGUGGUACGACCCCGGUGAGGCCGACGCGCCUCCUCCCCAAAUUUCUGACAAGCAGCUCGAAGAGAGAGAGCACAGCAUUGAGCAGUGGAAAGAGCUUAUUUACGAAGAAGUGAUAGACUGGGAGGAACGGAACAAGAAUGGUGUUAUGAAAGAGGAUUGCUCAGGUACAUUCACGUGCGGACUAUUCAUUUCAAGUUGCGAUGAAACAAGAGUCAUUCGGUCAAUCUGUCUCUCCUCAGAUGUGGUGUCCAGUUCGGCCUCGCAGUCGUCUUCAGCCAAUGACAUCUCAUCUAUGUCCACGGAGCACACGGUGGCCUCGGACACAGACAGUAGCAGCAUCGACACGCUCACGGGGCCACUGGAUGAGAGUCAGUGAAUGCAACCGGUCUUCCUCCCUUUACCCCGCCUUCCUCACAAUCUUAGGAUCCGUUCACAUCAAAUUGACAUUUUUCUUGUCAUUCAAAUUGUUGCUCUUAUUUAUCCUCCUAAUUUCCGAAACCUGUUUUCGGCUGCUGCUUAGAGAUCAAAAUGUUGUGCUAUGCGACUCGUUACCUUUCUACCUUGGUGGAUGAUGCAUGCAUUGAUUUACCAGGAGCACAUGUGGUGCGGAGGCCCGUGUUGUGGUUUGUUCAAUAUAGUUGUAUUUUCAUAGUUUUAUUUUUGUAGCAGAUAUUAUGUUGGAAAAAAACCUAAACUAAAAGAGGUCAUCAACUUGCACUAUGCAGUGCAAGUGCACCGAAUGUAGACCACAACAGUUGUCAUGCAUGUCAAAAAUAACAAAAGCUUCACGUUGAUGUUAAGACGUUGGUGAUCAACUCAGCCAGAGGUUGAUCCCUCGAUUCUUUAGCCGGCUCGCAAUCUUCUUUCGGCACACACAGCAAAAUGCAUUUGACCGGAGUUGUGUAUUGAGUAUUUACCCCUGACAGCAUGGCAAAGCUGGCAUUGCUUUAUUUUAUUCCAUCAUGUAAUAUACCGUAUGUAAAGGUGCGUGCACACGUUGUGGUUGUAGACGGGAUUAAUCGCAAAUAGUGUGUUUUCUUCAGAAACUCUUUGUGCCUGUGGAGAUGUACAUUAUCACACUCACCUACCAUAAUACGUUACUACUCUUCUAGAGAAGAUCAGUGUGUACAAACAGCGACGUUAUAUCCUGCGAACUUGGGAAGAGCUGCGUGUUUGUUUGUUUGUUUGUUUUUGUGUUCUUGCAAAAUCUUGCACUUGUUGAGGGCCAUGUGAUCAUUUUCUUGUCAUGAACCAGCGCACGCGCGACUCCUUUCCAUUCCGUGACAUAACAUCAUCGUUUUGAAAGAAAUAUGGAGUAAGUCCUACAGCUUGGCACACCGCAAAGAGGCAGACUUUGGAUAUGGACUUUGAAGCUUUAUUCAGAAAUGGACUCACUUGAGGAUUAACUGGUGAUGCUGUACAAUAUUCUUCUGUUUCAAAAUGCAACCCUUCACUCUCAUCCAUUUGUUGUUUUAACUGACAACCGGCCAGCUCACGUUUUCCACAAUGUUUUGUAUUUGUCAUGUGUUGUUGGAUUCUAAACACCUGCGCACAUCGUUUUCGUUGCUUGUUCUGUGCGAUCCUUUUGAUUGCAGUAUCAUUCAGGAGCCCGUUCUCAGGAGAAUCUAGGAGGAUUUCACACUAACUCGAAGUACUGGGGGGGGAUUGUUAAGGGGUUUUGAGAAGUUAAAUUUUUUUCAUGAAUGUUAAAAAAAAAAAAAAAAUGCUGCUCCCUAGUCCGUUACCACUGAAAAUAUCUUCUUCGGCAGGGUGUGUCAUCAUCACUUAUGAUUUCCGACUAAAUUCUCAUGAGAACGUGACAUAUUCGGCUAAUGUAGCUCAUGCUGUUGACAAACGCGAUUAGGUUUCAUUUCUGCAUUUUCAGAUUCCUCUUUCAUGAUUCAUGAAGAACUCAUUGUACGUCAUGGAAACAUUUCCCAAAAGAGGAAAGGGAAUGCUCUGUCUAGGGAUACAUAAACUACUAUACCACA